AUGAAUCAUCUGUUAUUAUAUUAUCUUCCUACCUCAGAACAAAUUAGAAAUCAAUGCCUCAAUAAUAAUAAUAAGAAUGACAUCAUUGUCGAUUACAAUAAAUAUAAAAGUAGGGAGGAAUUACAUCAAUCGUUAGAGUCUAUUCUUUUUAAAUAUACAUUAGGUUAUAAUAUCAUCGAUGAUAAUACCUCCAAAAAUAAUGAUAAUGAUAACAACAACAACUACAACAACAAUCACAUCAGCAAAAAUAAUAUCAAUAGUAAAAUAAAAACUGAAUUACAUUUAGUAAAUCAAUUGAAAUUACUACUUUAUAAUACAAUCAAUUCAUUAAACGAUAGAAUAUCAACUGAAACAAAACAAUCGAAAAUUAAAAAGUUAUUUUGGAGACAUUUCAGAUUGAUAUUGAUUAACAAUAACAAUAAUAAUAAUAAUAAUAAUAGUGAUAAUAGAUAUUCAAAAGAUAUAGUUCAACAGAUUCUCUAUUACUUGUGUGAGAGUCAAGCUUUACAUGUGGUUACGUUGAUUUUGAACGAAAUCUAUCGUGGUGAUACCGACCGGUUGAUUCAGUGGUUCCUCUCGGAUGACCGCUACAUUCAGGUUUGGUUCCAACACUUUCACUACGAUGGUCGAAGCAAGUAUGGUGCGGUGGCACUCGAGCGCUUCCUCUUUGCCAAUCGUGAUGAUGUUUGGCAUCGAAUAGUCUGGUUGAAACAGCCGAUUCCACCACCGGUACUCGCACAGAAACGUGAAAUGAUGUUACAGAUCAACGUGCUCGAUACCAUCAAAUCGUUGUUGCAAUCCGACGAUCAAUUUACACGGCUAUUCAUCAAUGACUAUCUCUUUGACUCGAUAUAUCCAACUGGUAGCAAUGCAUUCGAUUGUUGUAGCUAUUUCCUCUCGAUGAACAAUCAAUAUUUCAUAGAUCAACUAUAUCAACUUUUAAUGGAAAAGAAUAAUGAUAAUUAUAUAUUAGAUAGAUUCGAUCGUUUAUUAUCGAAUCUAUUUAAAUCAACAGCAGCAAAUAAUAAUAAUAAUAAUAAUAAUAAUGAUAAUAAUGAUAUACCAUUUUUAGUUUUAAGAUUACUUGAUGAAGAUGAUCUUCUUCAAUUUACAUAUGAUUUAUUGGAUGAACAGUAUGUAGAAUCAUUAAUAACAACUAAAUUUAAAUCAACUACAACUACAACAACUAGUUAUAAUGAAACAGAGUUAAUUGUAAAUUGUAUAUUAGUAUCGAGAUGUAGAUGGAACCGAUUAGAGUCAUUAUUACUCUACAAUGCAAUAUCACCACAGAAUAUCAAUAAAAUUAUAAAACCUUUAUUUAAAGAUAACGAUCAAUCUUUAUUAACAGAUGAACAAAUAGAAUUUAAAAAGAAUAUAAUUAGCUUACUUGUGGAGUAUUAUGGUGGAAAGUUAAAGAGUAAAGAUGAUUUAGAGAAAGAAAUAGUUAUACCCUAUUGUAGUCACAGUCAUCAUAUCUUACAAAAGAAUAGUGUCAUCUCAUCUAUUAAAUUCUUAUUAUUGGAUACUUUUAUAUAUUAUUUUAUUUUAGAGAGUAUAAAACAACAACAACAUCAGCAGCAGCAAUUUAAUAUAAAUAUAGAAUCAUUAUUAAAAGAUAAUAAUAUUGAAUAUCAACAACAAUGUAAAGAAGAUAAAACAACAACAACAACAACAUUAAGUGAGAAUGAGUUAUUACUUUCAUUAUCUUCUUCAGAUAGUGAAGAUAAUAGUAAAAAGAAAAGAAAAAAGAAAAAGAAGAGUAAAGAAAAGAGGAAGAAACAAAGAUCUUUAUUUAAAGAUGAUGACAAUGACGAUGAUGAUAAUGAUGACUAUGGUUUUGGUCAUAGCAAUCAUCUUGAUGGUCAAAGAAACAUAUUGGAUAGAAAUUGGAUAAUACCAAUGAUUUCAAAACAAGUUACAUUCACAACACACGAUCUUAUACAAAUAUUAUAUCAAUUUAAAUUCGAUGAAAUCUUUUAUAAAUUGUUUCACCAACAACAGUAG